AUGGGCGAUGAAGGAAGUGCCGAAGAUAUGGACCAACUGAUUUUUCAGGCAGCUUUUUACGAUAAUGAGGAAUUGUUACGUGAUUUAGUUCAAGCUUAUCCGGAAAAAGUAAAUUACAAAGACAAGUACGGUCGAAGUGCUUUACAUUUAGCCGCACAGCAUGGAAAUCUUACAAUCGUCGAUCUUCUUCUUGCCGCAGGAGCGAAUGUUAAUAGUAUUACGGGUCCAAAUCUUUCUUGCGUAACACCCUUACAUGUCGCAGCAGUCAAUGGAAAAUAUGCAGUAGUACAACGGUUAAUAAAUUGUGGAGCAGAACUUCUUGCAGUUGAUUUGAGUGAUCACUGUGCACUCGAACUCGCACAAAUGGGAAAUCAUUUUGAAGUCGCUUGCCUUCUUAUCGAUGCAAUUGAAACUGAACGAAAACGAGUGCAAGAACUUCAUGAUCAACUAAUAACGGCAUGCAUUAACGCUGAGCUGGAUGUGGUUAAGAAAAUCUUAGCAAAUUUGACGAAUGGCAACUCUGACGCUGUUCUUAAUGGUACAACACUUGAUAGGAAAUGUGCCCUCUAUAUUGCAUGUUUGAAUGGAAGGCAGGAAGUAGUUGCUGAACUGCUUAAAGUUCGAGGUCACAUGCUCAUACAGGCGAUAACACAUGAUACUGUAUUACAUGCUGCGAUAUCAUCGCAAGAACCAGUUAUUGUGGAGAUGAUUUUAAAAGCGUUUACACAUUUGGUAACGUCAAGAAAUGCAGAGGGAAGUAGUGUUCUACAUUGGGCAGCUCAGUGCGGAAAUCUUGAAGUUAUUAAAAUAUUAAUGGAAUUUCCUUAUGAUAAGGAUUUAAUAACACGCAUUGAAGAUGUUUCGGGUCGUUUUUCGUAUAAUUUUGUUAUCGAUGUUAAUAUGCUAGAUGCACAGUGUAGAACAACACUUUAUUUAGCUGUCGCAAAUUCACAUGUUGAUGUCGUUAAAUAUUUGUUGGAAGUGUGUUUCAUUAAUUCACUUUUAUUUUAUUUAUCACUAUAUUUUUGA